AUGUUGCGCUAUGGCUGGCCCUGUCAUCCUGGGCAUCAAUGCCGCCCAUCUUUAGGCGCCAGAGGUGGUUGCUCCUGUAUCAGUGUGGGGGGCGGAAGUCAGUACUUGUGGUGUUACUUGGACGAGUUCCCUGCUUGUUCACUGGCUCCCAUGCGUUUUCUUUCGGGUUACUGGUGUCCAUGGCGUCCACAUCUGUGCCUUCAGGCUCGCACCUUGGCAGCUGAUGCCACUAAAGGCUACUGUGGGGUGCAGGUCUGCAGCCCUGAAGCCGCGCCUGGACCCCAAUCCUCAGUUCCCUGCCACGCAAAAGCUGCAUUGAGAGACAGGGAGCGUGGCACAGAUAGCCGGAGUCGUGCUGAGUUAUUGGCUUUGAAGCUGGAGGUAUGUUUGUACAAGGAAAAUUGGCAAGCAUUUCAGCUGCCCAAGUUUUCCCUGCAUAGCACGGUCCUCAAUCUGUUUGAUCUUGCUAUUGGGGUGGCAAGUUUCUCCCUUUUCAUUGGAUCUGUUGGAGUCAGUGUUAUCUUCUCCUUCUGCUUGAUAGCAAGAAUACAUUCCAUGGUUGCCUUGCAUUGUUUCAAGCUGAGAGGUGCGCAACAGAAGCUGUCACUGGAGGUGCUGUCAUUCCCGGACAGCUGGCAUACAUCCUGUGUGCAGUGGCAUGUUGCUUGUUUCUGUUGA